AGAUGUUUUUCACCUCCUGACGCUCAGGUGCAAAGGCAGCCGCCACCUCGCUGAAGCAGCAGAGCGCACACUGGACGUGAAUGCAGCACCAAACAGCCCGAGUACGAGAGAGAGAUAGAGGGAGAGAGGGAGAGAGGGAGAGAGAGGGAGGCAACAGCGCAGAUGAGCCCCAAUGAACAGCACAGCAGCCGGCUCCUCUUUCAAACCAACACACACACACACACUACGCUCCACAUCCCACACACACACACAAAUGCCAGGACACUCAUACACAUGCAAUCCAAUAACGAGAGCACCGUCAGUCCGAGCUGCCUGCCGCUGUCGGUGGCAGCCCUCACCGCUUCUCAGAGACACAAAGCUGGAAGCCCGUUGUGAGAGGAGCUCCUGCUGCCGUCCUAGCACAAAGGAGAGGAGAGCGGAGAGCCAGAGACUUCAUUUGGGAGGAGGUGGUAGAUAAUUCAACAGCAGUGCCGGGAGGAGAAGAAACAGAGAGGAGGGAAGGUGAGUGAAUGCGGUCCAGUCCAGCUGCUGUUGCUGCUGCCACUGCUGCUGGAGGAGGAACAGGAAGAGGAGGAGGAGGAGGAGGAGGAAGCUCAGUGUCUGGAGAGACUGGAGGAGCAACAUUAUCCUGCACAGAUAGUCAGAGCAGACGGCCAGCAGUGAUCAGAGCACCUCCAGGCUUGCAGAUGUGGAAGGAGCGCUGUGCAAGUUCUAGUCCUGGGUCCCGCCAACGUCCCGACAACCAAAGUCACCUCCACAGUGUACAGUAUGUGUUGACACUAGACAAGCUGUGCGUGUUUCAGCAUUUCAGUGAACUUGGUCGAGUUGAGCUUAGUGAGGGUGGUCCGUGAGCUGUCAUCUUGUCUGUCAUCAUCAGUCGUCUUGAAUCGCUGUAGCUGUCCUCCAAAACUGUCAGCAUUGAUCUGCUAAAGGACUUCUUGUAUCCCAUGAGUGUCUGGCCCAGUGAUUGAGGAGCAGGAGGAAGCAGAGGAAAGCAGGGCCAUGGGGGUGAGCCUGGGUCAGGACGUAGGCUGGCUCCUGCCUUUCCUGUUCUUGCUACUGAUGAUCACCGUGUCACCCACCCAGGGUCAAGGAUGCCCCCAGCGUUGUGAGUGCAUUGCAAAAUUCAAGACUGUGUCCUGUUACGGUAAACGCCUGUCCGCACUGCCAGAUGGCAUCCCACCGGACACCAAGGUCCUGGACCUGAGUGGGAAUAAACUUCGCUGGGUAGAGCAAGGUGACAUGCUUCCGUAUUCCCGUCUUGAAAAGCUGGACUUGAGCGAGAACAUUAUCAGCGUCCUGGAACCGAACGCUUUCUCUAGUCUCCAGAACCUGCAGUCGCUUUCACUGAGGGGUAACCAAUUAAAACUGGUCCCCAUGGCCGCUUUCUCACGUCUGUCCAACCUAACUUCACUGGACCUCAGUGGGAAUAAGAUUGUAAUUCUUUUGGACUUUACUUUCCAAGACCUGAAAAGUCUGAAAAACCUGGAAGUUGGAGACAAUGAUUUAGUUUAUAUUUCCAACAAGGCCUUUCUGGGUCUAGUGGGGCUGAAGGAGCUGACCAUAGAGAGGUGCAACCUGACGUCUGUGUCCGGCCAGUCUUUGUCUUACCUGCAUAACCUGGUGGCUCUGCGGCUCCGCUACCUCAGCAUCUCCACCUUAGAGGACCAGAACUUCCGUAAGCUGGGAAACCUGCGGGGCCUCGAGAUCGAUCACUGGCCCUUUUUGGAGCACAUUUCCCCUCACAGCCUGCAGGGUCUGAACUUAUCCUGGCUGUCUAUUACUCACACUAACAUCACCUCCGUGCCCACCUCUGCCCUGCGCAGUCUGGCUCACCUCACUAGCCUCAACCUCUCCUACAACCCUAUCUCUGUGCUGGAGUCCUGGGCGCUGCGGGACCUUGUCAGGCUGAAGGAGCUGCAUCUGGUCAACACAAACCUGGUGGUAGUGCAGCCGUAUGCGCUUGGCGGUCUACGGCAAAUCCGCCUCCUCAACCUCUCCACUAACGGCCUGGUGUCCCUGGAAGACGGGGCCUUUCAGUCCGUUAACACUCUGGAGACGCUGCGUCUGGACGGGAACCCUCUGGCCUGCGACUGCCGCUUGCUUUGGAUCCUUCAGCGCAGGAAGACCCUCAAUUUCGACGGCGCCUCCCCAGUUUGUAUGACGCCCGUGGAGGUGCAGGGCCGCGCUCUGAACGCUUUCUCUGACUCGGCUCUCUUUGAUCACUUCACCUGCCAGAAGCCCAAAAUCCGCAAUAGGAAACUGCAGCAGGUGACUGCCCGCGAGGGGCAGGUGGUGUCGUUCAUAUGCAGAGCAGAAGGUGAGCCGACACCGGUGAUAUUCUGGAUCUCUCCUCAACGCCGCCGCAUCACCACAAAGAGCAGCGGCCGCUUAACUGUGUUACCAGAGGGCACAUUAGAAAUACGUUACGCCCAGGUGACAGACAGCGGAACGUACAUCUGCAUAGCGAGCAACGCUGGUGGAAAUGACACCUAUUUUGCCACACUUACAGUCAGCGGGCUGCCACUAGACGCAGCCCUUAUGGCCAACCGCACGUACUACGCUGGUGACCUUAAUGACACGAAUCUGAAUGACACCAGAGUCUUCUUGAAGUUCACUCUGGACCUCAAAACCAUCCUCAUAUCCACAGCGAUGGGCUGCAUCAUGUUCCUGGGGGUGGUCCUCUUCUGUUUCAUCCUGCUGUUUGUGUGGAGUCGAGGGAGAGGGCAGCACAAGAACAAUUUCUCAGUGGAGUAUUCCUUCAGAAAGGUGGAUGGACCCGCCGCCAGCGGAGGACAGGGUGGGGCACGCAAGUUCAACAUGAAAAUGAUUUGAUUACUCGGAUCUGUUUCUCUCAUUAGUAUUCUUUCCCUGAUACUGUUUACAAGCUCGAGGGACGAGACACUGGAGUGGACCUUUGUGCUUGCAAAACACUAAAUGCAGUUAUUUAUAGGACAUUUUAUUGAGAGGUUUUGUUAUAAAACUACUGUAUAUAAGAGCAAAAGGAAAGCUGCAUGGAUUUGAUAUAUUUCUAUUCCUUCGUUGUGUGUUCACAUUAUUGUGCAGAGGAAUUAUAAAGGUAUGAAGAUGUCUCAAAAUCUUGAAUAGACUGUUAAAAGACCAAGCAACAAAAUCACUCAGAGUCCCACCAGUCUUUAACCUCGACAAAUCUCUCGCCAAAUCCGUCCUUCUUCCCUACAAGGAACUCUGUCCUCUGCGUCUUUAAAGGACUUCACCUCUCCGCUCCAUCCGAGGCGAUUCAAGCUCUCUAUCCCCAAACUCAUGAAUACAUUAUAACAGGGUGGUGCUCAAUGAAUGCCAAGGACUUGCCAAUAUGUAUUAGAAUAGUUCCAGCUAUAUACUGCAUAUUUAGACUUAUUUACAGUCAGGAUUUUAGAGCACUAUUGUGACAUAAAUAUAGAGGCUCUGUUUUUUUCGCUGAUGGUGGGUUUAUACAGAAUACAUUAAGACACCAAGAGACUCUGCAACACUGCCAAUUUGACCGUAAAGCACCAUGUAAUGUGGUAGAGAGAAGCUACUUCUCAUUGGAUGCCACUAAAAGUAGGUCAAAGCCGUUUGAAACAAAAACAGGACUCUACAGGUUAAGCUACAGUUAAAGGACCCAAUGCUCACUUGUGUGGUGACAAAUCAGUACAUGCAGAUGCACACCAGAUUUUCCAUUGUUUAUUCAGUACCAACACGUUCUCAUCCCAACUCGUCACAUACUUACCCUUUGUCUGACCCCUCGGCGUCACUUUUUCGGUCGCACUAAACACGUGCUUAAUGUUGUGAAGCAAACAAAAACUCUUGCUUAGGUUU